AUGAAGCCUAUUUUCUAUCGUGUCGAGGAGGACUUCAAACCCUGGCGCUGCAGCGACAAGUUCGGCCUCCCGGUCGUUCACGGGUCGCAUAUCACGCUGGUCAGGGAGGGAGACAGGCGCGUGUCUGUUGUUCCUCUUGCGGACAGUCGCGCGCGCUCAAAGCGUCAUCGCCACCCGCCUUCGGAUGAGGUCGUCGCGGAGGUAGCAGAGUCCAUCUUCCAGCCUGGGGCUGUACCGGACUGGUAUCAGGUCGCACUUCAAGCGUGCGCAUGGGGGCAGCUGAGUUCAGCCUCGCACACUGUAUAUGAUAUCGGGCAUAUUGGAGUCUUGUAG